UAUAAGAUGUUGAUUAUUUAUUUAUUAUUCUUCCUAACCAUUCAUGGUUUCCUCCUAAAUAACCAACAAGGCAAUGGAGGACAAACUUUACCAGCCAACCAGUACAUGCCAUUAUCAACAUUUUUUGAGGAGGAGAAACGACUUCAACAGACAAUGGAAAAUCUUCAUCAUGACACAACGACACUUCGCCACGAUAUGGACAGUUCAUUUGCCCUUCUUACUGCACAACUUCAGCAGAAAUUAGACCUACUUGAUACAAAAUUAGCAAAUAUUGAUAAGAAAAAUGAGACUAACCAGGAUUUAGAAGAAAAAUAUAAAACAUUGGAGCAGAAUUACAAUAACGUUAGAAAUGAACUUCAACGAGUUACAAACAAAACGAAUCAUCUCGAUAAACUGUUACUAGUGCAAACAGGAUUAUAUUAUGACGCCCUAACAAACAUAUCAAUUCAAGCAAGUGAAUUGGCAGUCCUGAAAAAUACGGUUGCUUCGUUGGACAAAGAAAUUUUAAACUUAAAACAGCUAAGUAGCAUUCAACCACUUCGAGAAAUCAAAACUUUACAAAAUAAAGUACAAAUCAUUUCGGCACAAACUAAUUCGUUGAGCGUACAAGAACAUGCCCGUAGUCAGGACUUUCUAGCAUUGUACAAUCUGACUACAAGUUCUCUGAAUGAACUUACAGUUCAUACUAACAGUAAAUUAAAUCAACUUGAAAAUGAACAUAACACUUCCGUUCGUUUGAUGGAUCACCGUAUGGAAUUUCUUAUGAAUGAAACCAGAAUGACUCAACAGAGUAUGGACAUCCAGUUUAGCAAUAUUCAAAAGAAUCAAAGUGACUCUAUAAAUGAGAUUUCUAUGAGACUACAGGAAACUGACAAGAGAGACAAUUUGAAGUUCUCUGAUUUACAAAAACAGAUGAAUGAUAGCACAGAACCAGUGUUCAUGACAGCUCAUCCUACAUCCGGUACAUCUUCACCUGGCAUACUCAAGUUUGACAACGUCAAAUUCAGUGUUGGGAUGAGUAACCUGUCAUCAUAUAAAAGUACUGGGAAAUAUAUCUGUGAGAAAGCUGGAUUGUAUUUAAUUUCGGCUUCAAUCCAUACAAAUACAAAUAAUGGCUACUUCUACAUGUAUCUGAAUGGUAAACAGGUAUCGAAUACAAUGAUUAGUUAUAACAAUAAUAAUCCAUCUUUAAUGCAGUUUACCGGUACUGUUCUUCUAGCACUACAGUUACGUGCUAACGAUAGUAUGUGGGUGUACAGUAGUGCCAAUGUACAAAGUGGGUUAUGGUCGACCUUAACAAUCUUAAAAGUGAAAUAG